CUUAGGUGGCAACUACCUAGAAUGUUCCCUCUUUCUGAAUCUGGCCAUGGUCACAUGGUCUAUAGUGGGCGUGCCUGAAUACACAGAGUUCAAAGCUCUCGUUUCAUCCCUGUCUGGGCUAGAUGGCAAGGUGCAAGCCUAGCUCCUGCCAGCGACGAUUUGGGGGGAUUUGGAGCUCUGGGCCACAAAGAAGAGAACACUGUCCUCUACUCUGACACAACCACUUUGAAACUUGUCACUGUUGAGGCUGGGAAUAAGUGUGCAGAUUUUACCUACUGCCACAGGGUUUGACUUCUAUGUACGACUUCAGGACUAUCCCGUGGAUGGUCCCUCGGGACUGCACUGCCACUGAGAGAGUAGCAGACGUGGAAGUGAAGUGGUUGUCUUUAAAAGGUUACCACUGUGUCCCUUCUUAAAAGCACACGACUGUGAAACCAUGUCUCUGUUGCUUUAAUUUAAAAUCGCCUGUACCCAAAACUCCGGAGGUGUGGUGACUGUUCCUGGUGUGGUUUAGUGAAGGUAACACAUCUGGUGUGCUCCCUGACUACACGCUCACAUCAGGGUUUCCUCUUGUUAUCACGUGCCCGUCAGUCUAAACACUUGCCUUAGGUCAUGGUAGCCUGAUGAAAUUAGCCCUGAAAAUUCCUAAGUUUACACUAAAAUGUGCCAUGAUCUGAUGCCAGCAGACGUCUUUAGAACAGUGGUGCCUAGUGUGUGGUCCGGAUCAGACCCAUGCUGAUGUCUGCCCUUCGGAUGUCUGUCCAUCUUCCCUGACAUUUAAAGGCACAGGAAGCGGAACAGGAAAGGUGAGAAGAAUGGAAAGGGCCUACGGCAUUUCUCUAUGAAGGUGUGUGAGAAGGUGCAGAGGAAAGGGACCACCUCCUACAAUGAGGUGGCUGAUGAGCUGGUUGCAGAGUUCAGCGCUGCUGACAACCACAUCCUACCAAAUGAGUCCGCUUAUGACCAGAAGAACAUCCGGCGGCGUGUCUACGAUGCCUUAAAUGUGCUGAUGGCCAUGAACAUCAUCUCCAAGGAGAAGAAGGAAAUCAAGUGGAUCGGCCUACCCACCAACUCAGCUCAGGAGUGCCAGAACCUAGAGGUAGAGAGGCAGCGGAGGCUGGAGAGGAUCAAGCAGAAGCAGUCACAGCUCCAGGAGCUCAUCUUGCAGCAAAUUGCCUUCAAGAACUUGGUGCAGAGGAACCGCCAAGCCGAGCAGCAGGCCCGCCGGCCACCUCCUCCCAACUCUGUCAUCCACUUGCCCUUCAUCAUUGUGAACACCAGCAGGAAGACCGUCAUUGACUGCAGCAUCUCCAAUGACAAGUUUGAGUAUCUGUUUAACUUCGACAACACGUUUGAAAUCCAUGACGAUAUUGAGGUGCUCAAGCGCAUGGGCAUGGCAUGCGGGCUGGAAUCGGGGAACUGUUCUGCUGAAGACCUCAAGGUGGCGAGAAGUUUGGUACCAAAAGCUCUAGAACCAUAUGUGACAGAAAUGGCUCAGGGAUCCAUUGGUGGAGUAUUCGUCACAACAACAGGUUCUACAUCCAAUGGCACAAGGCUUUCCGCCAGUGACUUGAGCAAUGGUGCAGAUGGGAUGCUGGCCACAAGCUCCAAUGGGUCUCAGUACAGCGGCUCCAGGGUAGAGACCCCUGUUUCGUACGUUGGGGAGGAUGAUGAUGACGACGAUGACUUUAAUGAGAACGACGAGGAGGAUUGAUUACUCAGCCUGUAGACCCCUUCUUCAAAUUCAGCUUCAGGAAAAAAUUACUAGAGAAGAAAACUUAAAGUGGGACUUUUUGUUCUUUUUGGCCUGCUUCCAAGAAGAUAUCCAUGAGUUGUUGGGUUAGCUGUGCACCUCCAGUAAGGACUGUGCCCGCCAUGGUGUGAGCUGUGUUGCAGAUGUUUUGAAGCCAGCGUGCUGAUGCAGAGCCCAUAUUUACUUUUAGGAUUUUGUGUUUUUGCGCUUUCUCUUUCUCUUUUUUAUUUUGUUUGAAGUUUAUUUUGCCCCUCAACAGUUGUUGCUGGGUUUGCUGAGGAAACUGCACUGCACCCACACCAGUGACAAUAAUAAAUGCUACCCUUCCUGGGCAUCCAGCACCCAGGUGGUAAAUUACCAGACUUCAGGGUGAAUUUUCCUUUCACUUGUUAAAUCAUGCGGUGUCCAAAGAACCAAGCCAAUAGCAAAGCUCUAGUUUUUAAACAUUAAGCGCCAUACGUCUUAUUAUGACUUUAUUUUUCCUUAAAUUAUAUUGACUGUUGUAAUUCCAUCAAGUUUGUACACUUUUUUUUUCUAUUGCAACAACAAAUUGCAAAGUAGUUUUUCUUGUUUGUUUGUUUUUGUUUUGUUUGGAAGAAGUUUACUGCCACGCUGGUGCAGCUAUGGAAAUUGUCUAGAAAGUUUGCUUAUGGUAAAUUUGCCUGAUUUCUUACAGGCUACGUUUGGAAACUUUUUAUUAUAUAGUUGUUUACAUACUUAUAAGUCUAUCAUUUAAAGACGUGUACUGAAACAAAUGUUGUAUUUGUUUCAUGAGCAUCUUCCUGUAAUCUAUUAUAAAGUUGAAAUUAAACAUAGAGAAUGUUUUAACAGUUUUUUAAGUCAAAAUUUGUCAAUCAUUUUUAAUAGUUCUUUUUUUAUAAAAAGAAAAAGGAAUUUAAGGACAGGCAAUAGUCUCUUAAAAUUUAUUCACAAAAACUCGUUAACUGCACAGUUGCUCUUAGCUGCCUGUUCUAAAAUGAUAGUCUUUUUAUUGAAACACAAAUAAACUUUUCUGUAAUAUUUUAUGGAAUAUAAAGAGACUUUAAUUGUUUGACUUGUUUAACUCGGCACUGUUAGUUUUAUUAAUAAAACGUGCAUGGGCAUUUUAAACA